AUGUCCAACCAAAGACAGGCCGCAUCGGCCUCUCAAGUCCCGCACCUCUCCCCCGCCGAACUCUCCUACCUCUACACCUCUCUCGCUCUCCCUCAAACACCCAUUCGCCCUGACGGCCGUUCACCAACCCAGUUCCGGCCCCUCACCGCCGAGUCCAACAUCCUGCCCGGCACCAAUGGCAGCGCGCGCAUCGGAUUUGCAGACGGCACCCAGGCCAUCGUCGGAGUCAAGGCCGAGGUCGAGAAGACCGUGCUAUCAAGUGAGACUCUCGAUGCGCGCCGCGAGCUCGGCACUAGCGGGGACGGGGAUGGCGCAAGCGAGAGCUCCGCCGCCGUCUCCGGACACGAUUCAUGGGUGCAGAUGUCGAUCGAGAUCCCCGGGUUCCGCGACGACGAUGCGCUGCCGGUCUUUCUGUCUGAGAUGAUGCGCGAGUCACUGGUGGGCUCAGUUGGUGGCACGGAAGGAUCUGAUAUGACCGGCGGGCUUAAGGGGCGGCUAGUCAUCAAUAAACGGUGGCACUGGCGUCUGUAUAUCGAUGUCCUCCUCCUCUCCCAACCGCUCUCAUACCCCCUCCCUCUUCUCUCGCUCACCACCCACCUCGCCCUCCUGUCCACCAAGCUCCCCAAGUUGAAAUCCCAGGGCGAGGAGGACCCCUUCUUCGACGACGACUGGGCCGCCGCCGAGUAUCUUUACCCACGCGCCCAGCCCGGCUCCAAGCCCGCAGGCCCGGCACAGUAUGUCCGUCCACCAGUUACCCUGCUGGUGAUCUCAGUCGGUGAGAACGUCAUCUUCGACCCGAACCGUGAGGAAAUCGCCGUCGCGGAUGCUGUGCUCGCCAUCUCCGUCACGCGCGACACCGACGCCGGUACCCUGAAACUGCUAUCCAUCCGCACAAUCGACCCGCCCUCGCGCCUGACACAGCCCGGCGUACCGAACUCCGAGAAUGUCAAUAUGCUGGGCGCCGCGGCGCCGACGGACGAUGCGGCAGUGGUUAACCCGGUAACGGGCGAGGAGGAGGUCGCCGGCGUAUGGCGCCCGCGGCGGGGUGGCGUCAAGCGCAGCGUGGUCGCGAAUAUGGUCAAGAUGGUGCUGAAGAAGGGCGGCGUAGGUGAGGAAGUCCUGGAGGGAUUGGAGGGCGUGGAGAUUUCAUAA